AGAGGCAGCACCAUGCGCCUGCACAGAGUACAUAACGUGCACGUCCAAGCGGCACCGGCGCGCUCUGUUAUUCUAACCUCUGUUAUCCUGUUAUACGAAAUAUCAAUAGUGUUGUCAUUUUUUUACGCAAAUCGAUGUGCAAUAUUGAUGGGAUCCAGCCUCUCGAUUUUCAGUAUAAUAAUUUAUAUUUUACUUAACGUGGUUUUAAAAACCAGUGUGUCGAGAAUUCGACGAGACCCAACUCACCCAGCCGAGUUCUCGAUUUCACGGCCAGUGUGCCGAGGAUUUUGUGAUCCAGCAGUGCUCAAAAUAUUGUUUCCAAAUGUCGCCAACGUUUUAUGGUCCUCGAAAAACAAACCGAGCGUCAUGGACGCAAGAAAAUCUUGAUAAAGCUUUGAAAGAUUUGCAAAAUAAAAAUGCAUCAAUAAGAGAUAUUGCUUUAAAAAAUAAUAUUCCUGAAAAGACCCUCAGGACUCGAAUAAAAGAAAAUAAUUUUAUUAAAGGAAAUCUGGGCAAGAAAUCUCAUCUAGGCGAAGAAAUGGAAAAAAAAUUAGUCGAACAUGUUAUAAAACUACAAUCAGUAGGAUUUGCACCUUCAAGAAAAAAUUUAAGAAAACUAACUUUCAAUUUAUCACAAAAAUUGGGUCUGAAACAAGUUUUUAAUAUCGAGAAAAAAAUUGCUGGAAAGGGUUGGUACAGGUCAUUUAUGAGAAGAAAUCCUACUUUGUCCAUUAGAAAACCCAGAGGAACGUCAAAUGCACGUGCAAAUGCAAUGAAUAAAGAAGAUAUUAAGAACUAUUUUGAUUUAUUGAAACAAUGUCUCAAUGACAAUAACUUGAUGAAUAAACCCAGUAAUAUUUAUAACAUGGAUGAGUCUGGUCUGCAACUGAACAAUGAACCUGAUGUUGUGGUAGCUCUUAAAGGUAGUAGAAAUGUUCAAAUUCGUCAAUGUGCUGAAAGGGGAGAAACAAUUACAAUAGUAACUUGCUGUAAUGCGGAAGGUUCAUUCUUACCACCAUACUGCAUAUUUAAAGGUAUUAGAAAGCAGGAAACAUGGGACAUGAAUAUGCCACCUGGAUCUGUUAUUAAAAUGAGAAAGGAAUCUGCCUAUAUCAAUGAAGAUCUCUUCAUGGAUUGGCUGGAAAAUCAUUUUAUUCCAAGAAAGAGUCCAGGACAAUGUUUAUUGAUUUUGGAUGGCCAUGGAUCCCAGACAAACUCUCCUGAUAUGCUACAAAUGGCAGUGGAUAAUGAUGUCCAUAUACUUUGUUUACCUAGCCAUACUACACACUAUCUUCAACCACUUGAUAGAGCAUUUUUUAAACCUCUAAAAACAUAUUUUCGAGAUGCUGCCUGUGAAUGGGGUAAUGCAAAUCCAACGAAAAAAAUUGGAAGAAUUCAUUUUGGUCUCUUGUUAACAAAAGCUUGGUCUCAAGCAGCUACUAUCCAGACGGGAAUAUCAGGUUUUAGAGCAACUGGUAUAUAUCCUUUUUGUCCAUCAGCAAUACCAGAAUAUGCAUAUCUGCAAAGUGCAAUUCAACAUGAGGAAUCCUCAGAGAGUGAUAAAGAAAUGUCACUUCCUAUAAUUACAAAUUCAUCAAGUACUCAUUGUCAGACGUGCAUAAUGACAGAUGAAAGCAAAGUUGGAUACCUAACUCUGAAUGAAAGUCAGGCGCAGCCUGGACCGAGUAACAUGAACCAACAACCUCCACUUUUAGCAGAAACACCUACUACAAAAACAUAUCAAGUUCCAGUACGACGAAUAUUAAAAGAGAUUUCACCAAUACCAAAGACGGACCACCUUCAUCAAGAAAACAACAAGCUACACUAGUAACAACUCCUGAAAUAAUUAGCAUAAAAAGAAAAAAACGAGGAUUGCAGGAAUCAAGUGCAAUAAAUGAAGUCAUUGAUUUAUCUAAAGAAAACGAAUGCGAUUGCAUUGAAUGUUAUGAAUCAUACAAUACAACAUUGUCCAAAGUAGAUUGGAUUCAAUGCAUAAAGUGUAAUAAAUGGUUACAUGAAACAUGCACAUUGUAUAAUGAUACAUGUAACUUAUGUAAAAGAGAAGAAUUAAAAAAAGCAAAAGAAGAAAAAAAAAGUUAGAGAUGC